AUGAGUGGUACCAACAAAGCCGACAUUAGCGAUGAUGACGAUUUAUUUGGUGAUAACGAAGUAAGAAGAUCAUCGUUUGAACAAGGAGAUGAUGAGGAGCAGCUCGUUCCCAAUCCAUUCUACUACGAUCAAUUUCAGCCUCAUCAGCAAUACUCAGUGCCUCAGUUACAAAGUGGAAAUUUACAAUUAAUGCAACCGUCAAUGCACGGCCAUCAGCAUCAAGGUAGUGCUAGUACGUUUGUUGAUGAAAAUAAUGAUUACUCCAUUGAAAAGCUAGGAAGCGAGGCAUCACUUAGUACUACAAGUACUUUUCCCAAUAGAUCGAAGACAGUUGCAUUUAGGGAAUCGGAGCCAGAAUACCCUCCAACUGCAUACAGCCCUGGUAAGACUAUGAACCACUAUGCUGAGCCUCUUCAUUAUGAUAUGGAAAGAGUAGAUACAUAUGAUUUUGAUAAUCCCUCGAUGGCUUUGAGACCAUAUUCUCAGGUGCUAACUUUUACGGGUGAUGAUUAUAUGAUAAAUCCACUUGAAGAUGCUGAUGAUGAUGAAGACCUCGAUCCAUUUGGAGAUGAUGAAUCAUUAUUUCUGGAGACUGGAGAAGAAAUUAUUAGGAGAGGAACCACCAUCAAAAGAUCGAACACAACUAUAAGCAGAAGAGAUACAUUGAAAAGGAAAAACUCAAUGGCAACUGGAUUAUCUUUGGUUGACGAAGAAGAUGACUUCAAGCCCAGAUUAAAUUAUACAAAGACUAUUAAAAAAGCCAAAUUAGUUAAUGGGAAUUAUGUAAUUGAUGCUCCAGCCCCCAAAUCCUUGUUGGAUACAUAUGGCAGAAAAAUCACUGACAGUGGGAGAGAAAUGUCAUUCAUGAGAUACACAGCUGUAACAUGCGGACCAUCCAACUUCAUGAAAUACAAAUAUAACAUAAGACAAGCAUUAUACACUCCUCCUCGUGAGACCGAAAUAAUGGUUUGUAUUACCAUGUACAACGAAGAUGAAAUUUUAUUAGCACGAACUCUUAAGGGUAUAUUUGACAACAUCAAGAAUUUAACUAACAGGAAUGAUUCAAAAUGGGGUGAAGAUUCAUGGAAGAAGAUUGUUGUAUGUAUUAUCAGUGAUGGUAGAGUUGAUUUGAACAAAAGAUCUCAAGAACUUUUGACUGCAUUAGGAUUAUACCAAGAUGGAUAUGCGAAAUCUAAGAUUAAUGAUAAAUCAGUCAAGUCCCACAUUUAUGAAUAUACAUCAACUGUUGGUAUUGAAACUAUUAAUGAUAAGAUUCAUUUUUGCACCAAUUCCAGCCCGGUUCAAUUCUUGUUCUGUUUGAAAGAGAAAAAUACAAGAAAAAUUAACUCGCAUAGAUGGUGUUUUCAAUCUUUCGCACCUAUCCUCAAACCAAAGGUUAUUAUGUUAUUGGAUUGUGGUACGAAGCCAUCAAAGGACGCAUUUUAUCAUUUGUGGAAAUCAUUCAACGAUCCUAAUGUUGCAGGUGCAUGUGGUGAAAUGAGAGCAGCAUUGGGUCCAAAUAGAAAAUACUUGGCCAACCCUCUUGUUGCUGCGCAGAAUUUCGAAUAUAAAAUCUCAAACGUAUUGGAUAAACCUAUGGAAUCUGUGUUUGGCUUUAUCUCUGUCUUACCAGGUGCGUUCUCAGCUUAUAGAUAUGAAGCAUUAUUGAAUGUUGAUGGUGAAGGUCCUCUUGAAAAAUAUUUCAAAGGUGAAUUUUUGCACCAAGAAACUCAAGUUAUAGAAGAUGAAGAAGAUGAUGAAAAGACAUUGAAAGAAAAAAAUUUCCAAGAAGCAGGCAUUUUUACUUCGAAUAUGUAUUUAGCCGAAGAUAGAAUUUUGUGUUUUGAAUUAGUAGCUAAGAAGAACCAUAACUAUGUUUUGAGAUAUGUGAAUGAAGCAAAAGCUGAAACAGAUGUUCCAGAGGUGAUUGAUGAAUUUGUGUUGCAAAGAAGAAGAUGGCUUAACGGAUCUUUAUUUGCAGCUGCUUAUGCUGUUUUCCACUGGACAAAAAUAUGGAAAUCUAAUCACUCAUUAUUAAGAAAAUUGUUCUUGCAAUUAGAAUUUUAUUAUCAGUUGAUUACAUUGUUAGUGUCAUGGUUUUCAAUUGCAUCGUUUUUCCUAGUUUUUAGGAUUUUAACUGCUAACUUAGGAGCUAAAGAUAUGAACUUCGACGUAGGAAAAUAUUUGGCUGUUAUAUUUCUAUGGUUCUAUGUUGGGUCUGUUGUUUGUACAUUUGUUUUGUCUUUUGGUAAUACCCCAAGAGGUACGAGGAAGUUUUAUCUUGUAAUUGCUUGCAUAUUUGCCGUCUUAAUGGUAUAUAUGUUGUUUGCUGCAAUUUUCCUUGCCGUUCACACAGUCCAGGCAGCAUUGAAGAGUCAUAAAGAUGAUUUCACAGUAUCUUUGUUAUUUACUGACACAAAAUUUAGAGAUUUAAUUGUCUCUGUUGUUUCAACGUAUGCUUUAUAUUUUGUGGCAUCAUUGAUGUAUGGUGAACCAAGUUUCAUGGUUACUUCAUUUUUGCAGUACCUUUUGCUUUCGCCAAGCUACAUCAACAUCUUGAAUAUCUAUUCAUUCUGUAAUAUCCACGAUGUUUCAUGGGGUACUAAGGGAAGUGUACAAGCUAGAGAUUUAGGAAGCGCUAAAUCUGCGGAUAACGAUAAAGAGAAUAUAGUCACUAUCGUUCCUGGCGUGAGUGAAGAAUUAAAUGAGACAUAUUUGAACACAUUAGAAAGUUUAAGAACAUUACCUCCGCCCCCACUCGAAGUGAACAACAAAAAACGAAAGGACGAUUCAUAUUAUGCAUUUAUCAGAACCGUUACCGUUUUAGUCUGGAUGCUUACUAACGCGAUUUUAAUCGCAAUUGUCUUAGAAGCAGGUGGAGUAGACACAUUAACUAGUAGCGAUUCUACGUCAAUUAGUGGUAACUCAGAAAUCUUUUUAACAAUCAUCUUAUGGAUUGUUGCCGGAUUAGCAGCAUUUAGAUUCAUCGGAAGUUCGGUUUAUUUGAUCUUGAAAGUGUUUAGACCUCUUAAGUGGAGAAUAAGGGCAAGGAAAGCUGCUAGAACACAAAAUUACUAA